AUGACACAUUAGUUUUUUUUAAUUCCAGAAAAAAUAGUUGAUGAUGAAUAAAAAGUUGAUUAAUUGGCUAUGAUGAGCUUCAACGUAACUUUUUGUGUUGAAAUUAGUGAAUAAAAGCAACUGAAGAGAACAUAAUUCUGUUUAGUUUUGAACUGAUUUCCCUUGAAAAUGUUCUCGUUUUGUGUUAUUUUGCUCCUGAUUUAUUCAGUUGGGUUUUUAGAUGCUGAACAGGAUUCCGAUUGCUUCAGAAAUCGUCCUGAAAUUACUCCAAUGGAAUGUUGCACUCUUCCGGACUUGUUGGACCCCAAGAUUAUUCAAGAAUGUCGAGAUGAGUUCGAUGCGGAAGGUAUGGAAUGGAAUGGUCUUCCUGCUCAUCCUCCUCCACCACCUCCUCCUCCACCAUCACAAUCCAAUAAAGCUCCACCUCGACAUCGUGGUCCUCCGGGUCAUCAUAGAUGCUGGCAUUGUUUUGCAUGUGCCCAAGAAUGCGUUUUUAAUGCUACAGAACUCAUGAUGGAUGGAGAAUUGGAUGCUGAAAAAUCCCUUGAACAUUUCAUUCAAGCAGCAUCUGAAUCUGAUUCCAAAUGGUCACGAGAAAUCAUUGAGGAUGCAUUUAGUGCAUGCAAUGAUAAGGUUAAAAUCAUGCGUGACAAAUUCGAAAAAAGAGCAGCCAAACGUCCAAACUCACCUGAAAAUGAGAUGGAAUGCAGUCCAAUUCCUCAACAUCUUAUGCGCUGCAUACAUGGACAGUUGUACAGGACUUGUCCUGAGGGAAUCAGGGUAGAAAGCCAAGAGUGCACUGACCUGCAGGAGUACCUAAACAACUGCCACGGACCACUCGAGUGGAAGAAAGGACACAGGCACCCUGAGUAAGCAGAGACACAUUCAUCGAUUUUCGGCGAGAUUUCACGCCUAGAAUCACCUGUUGAACUCACAGUCUCCUGUCCCCUGCCCUCAUUGAAAUUAAACACCCAACCCCACUUCAGCGGAUCAGAUUCCUACUUUCAUAACGACAAAAAAUCCUUCAACUUCGUCCAAUUAAAUCCCUCGUGACACCAUUUUAUUCAUUCAGUUGCAGGAAAUGGCUUUCAGCCUGUUACUUUAAGAGAGCUUUUCCUUCGUUAACAUGAUAAAUAUAUAAAAUAUUUCAAGUUCUGAAAAUAAAUGUUUGAGAGUUGA